GGAAGGUUGUUUUUUCUGUGGCGUCCGUUACUCUGUCCCUUUUUUAUGGACAAUGGAUAGCCAGCACUGUUAAAAAAAAUAAUAUACCGUACCCGUCGCAAAUGACCAGAUAAAGAGUGUGCCGUUCGUCUUUCCUGCGAAUAUUCUUUUUUUUCGCUUGUUUUUUUAUGAUUAGUGAGUGUACGUUCGCGAGUGAUAGACAAUCAUGAGUGUCCUGUCAUUUGUUUGGGUGAUUUUGAUUGUUGGCACCCCAACAACAGUUCUUGCGGGACUCAAAUGCGAUUCUGUCAAACCAUAUUUCGAGGCACAUGGGUUUCCCGCCAGCGACAUUCCCAAGGAACCAAUAUCAUCGAAAGAACUAAAGACAUGCGGAGGCAUAAGUAGUGGAGGUGAGGUAUGUUGUUCAGCUGAUAUGGAAGUGCGACUGCAAGCAAGAGCUCGAGACAAACAUGAGAAAGCUACCAGAGAUACUCUUCAUCGACUGCAACAAUUGCUGCUCACGAGAGGGACAAGAUUUCACAAUUAUUUUCAAGAGCUUCUGAAGUCGAGCAAAAUUGGGUUCCACGACAUGUUUAAGAAGACUUACGGGAUCUUAUACGAACAGAAUUCAGCCGUCUUCCAGGACCUCUUUAAGGACUUGGAAAAUUAUUAUGCGACAGGAGCUGUGGACUUGGAUGACAUGAUGGAUAAUUUUUUCAAUACCCUCUAUCAAAAGAUGUUUACUGUACUGAAUAGUCAGUACACUUUUGAUGAGAAGUAUUUAGAGUGCGUUGGAAUGCACAUGAAGGAGAUGCGACCUUUCGGCGAUGUGCCCUCGAAAUUAGGAAACCAAGUAAAAAGAUCUUUCGUUGCGACUAGAGCCUUUAGUCAGGCUUUAACUGUCGCGUCUGAUGUUUUGAAACAUAUGCAACAGCUGAAACCAUCUCCAGAGUGUGCUGCAGCCUUAACGAGAAUGACAGCCUGUCCAUCCUGCAGUGGAAUUCCUGGCAAUGUUUUGGCUUGUACUGACAUGUGCGCAAACGUGAUGAAGGGCUGUCUGGCACAUCACGCAGCACUUGACGCUGAAUGGAAUCAUUUUGUCGAGGCCGUCAAUAAUGUUGCGGAUCGUCUUUUGGGACCCUUCAAUAUCGAGAUGCUGGUGCGACCAAUAAAUUUGAAAAUUUCUGAAGCAAUAAUGAAUUUUCAAGAGAACAGUCACGACGUUUCCCAGAGAGUUUUUACUGGUUGUGGACGUCCACUUCUUGGACGACGCAGGAGACGAGACGCCAAAGAUCUGGAUUUAGAAUCUUUAAAUUUCGACCAAGAUUCACUUUCGGAAGAUCGUUCGUCAACAGCCAUAAUGCUAGACAAACUGGUGAAGGAGAUCAAACAGAAGGUCAGAGAUUCAAAGCAGUUUUGGGUAUAUUUACCUUAUCAACUGUGUAACGACGGCCUGAUCGUCGCUCCCAGCAACACCAAUGAAUGCUGGAAUGGUACUCACGUCGACAAGUACAUAUACCCAGUAUCUUCGGAUGGGGAGACGCAGACCUUAAAUCCCGAGGUGCGGGAAGGAGGUUCAAGACCCUCGGUAGUUAAAGAACAACUAUUUCAACUAACGACCAUUACGAAUAGGCUACGCUCUGCUUACAAUGGUCACGACGUUGAUUGGAUCGAUACAGAAGAAACGUGGUAUGGAUCCGGAAGCGGAUCUGGUGACAAUGUCGAGGAAGACCCGAUAACGGACGACGAGGACGGCUUCAACGAGGAGGGUUCUGGAUACGACGAUCCAGAUCCUGUUCCCGAGGCCCCGAAACCUCCGCCGCCCAUCGUCCCCAACCAAGAUAUCCCACCUCGGGUGGAUAUCGAGCCGAAGACGCCGAGUCUCAACAACAAGACGUCGUCAGUCGAGAGUGGUGCGACCAGGCCGAAGAUGUCGCUCUCGAGAGCUUUGACAACGUACCUAUUCCCGAUAGCUGUUAUGUGGUUUGGCGGAUGUCUCACCGAGUGGCUGUGAUCUUGUGGUUUUUAAAUCCACAUAUUGUGUACAUAUUUUUCUGACUCUUUAAUUCGAUCUGAUCGAGAAUGCGAACCGUGUACUCAGUUCAUCCACCAAACCUAAUCGACAGUGAUUAUUUAAAUCCACGAUGACACGACCCUGGAGUUGCAUGAAAAGUCUCCAGGAUGCCUCAAUCCAGCAAUAUUUAUUGCUUCGAAAAGCGGUACUUCGCGCGUUCUCGUGAAAAUCGUUAGCAAUCUGACGAAACUGAGUAUACGAAAAGCAAAACGGGACUGAAUAUUUAUUAGGCGUUUGCUGUGUAUUGUAUAGUUCUUAAAGCGAUGCUCGACUGUUCGUAAAUCUGCAGGAAAAGAAGUUCACAUGUGAAUUAAGAAGGCUGCAAAGUGCUGCCGACCAAUUCGGAUAAAAAGGUUGAUUUUCAGCAGACUUCAUUUUAAGGCCGGAUUAAGAACGGUUUGUGAACUAGAUAUUCUUUUUCUCAGCUUUACGAUGUGUACAUAGAGGGGAAGGAGGACUACGAAUCGUUCCGAAAUCUUGGAAAGAUUUUUAUUUUAUAUAACGCUUCGGAUUCCUCUGCAACAUCGAAGGUUGCAGAUUAUAUCAACAUUAGAAAAUAUUAUUAUUAUUAUUAUUAUUUCAAUUUGAUAUCUCUUAAAUUAUUCUUAGACUCUUAUUGGAACUACCGAUGCUUUCUGGCUUGUCGAAAUUUGUAAUUUAUUCUAAAGGAGAUUUUUCCAAUGAUUCGCCGAAAAAGAUAUGUGUAUAUUUAAUUAUUAUCAGUGUGAGAAUCAUUCGUAACUCUCCUUCUUGGUUCCUAGCUAUUAGAUUUGGUAUUUUAUUAAAAAAAAAAGAAAAGAAAAACGUCAGUGUGGCGUCAGUAUGCGGUCAUAAACUGACUCCUGUGAUAAAAUCAAAUAAUAAGCCGUGAUCCUAAAGCGGUCUUGGCCGCGAAAUACUUCCACACCUCCGAUCUUGGCAAGCAACUUCGGCAAGCGAAAGACGUUUUACAAAUCUAGUGAAAUAUUAAAAUUUAAUAUUAUAAAUAAAUAAUUAUUUGUAAUUAUAUAAAUAUAUAUAAAUAUGAAAUUAAUAUAAAAAUUAUCCGAUAACAUUUUAAAUGUUUAUUGAGGACAUACGCAUCUAAUAGGUUCAUUCUGUGAAUCACAUUAUAGGAUUUUCCAAUUGAAACACAAACGAAUCGAAACGAUUAAAUUGAACUAACUCAAACCAAGAAUACAUGCACUUUUUAUUUAACUUAUUGCUCAAACACUUUUUCGAAAUAAAAUUGUAUGAAAAAUUAUUUAUUUUAUUUUAAGUAAAUUUAAAUUAAUAACUUAUUCUAUUAGGCUUUUUUUAAUUAAAAAUAUGCUGCGAUUCUGCACUCUGGGAAUUUCAGUUAUCCUUUUUUUCGUUUGUUUAUAUUAUCGCUGGGGUUAAUUGAAAUUCCCAGAAAGUAAUCUUGUUUUCACGAAAUUAAAAUUGUAAAUUAAUUUCGAAAAUACAGGGUUUUAAAUGUUUCUACAUUCGAUGUCCGUGAAAUAGUACUUGAAAAUGAAAAGUAUCCAAGUGUACAGAAAUUCAGGAAUGAAAUAACACUGGUAAAUUUGUGAAAUAGUGGCGAAAUCACGAGGAAACUUAUUAAUGAAAUCAUUCAGAUAGAGAUAUAAUAUUGUAAAGAAAAUAUAAGUGUUAUGUGUUCCCUUCUAGUAUCGACUCACAAUCGUCAUUCUCGCAGGAAAUCUUCUGCCCAUUCAUAGUAAUGAAUAUUUUUUAUUUUUUUUUUCAAUGAGAUUUGAAAUUUUUAUCGAAGAAGAUCUUUGCUGUGAGAGUGAGGAUGCGAGGUCUUUAAAGUGCCCCAGUAAGAAGAACACAAAACCACCAUUAACUUGUUUGAAACUAGUGCAAGACUCGACAAUUUGUCUAUAUGAGUGAAUGAGUGCAGCAAGCAGAAAGCAAGGAUGAUUGAUUUGUGAAUGUUAAAAAAUACAAUGCGCAGAGCGAUACUUUGUCACUGACUGAAAAUAAAAGCGAACUGACUCGCUGGUUUUAUAUUGAAAGCAGGACUGAAAAUGCCUUAACUCGGAACUGAAUGCAUUUCUUUUUUCCUUUCGAGUCGGAUUUCGUGUAUCCAAUAUCCAUUGUGCACUGGAAAAUGUACCACAAGAGUAGACUUAUUCACCAUUAUUCAUUUUAUCGUUACAAUACUUGUAGACUUUGCCGCGCGUUAGCAAACUGAUAACAUUCUGUACUUCUCGUAAUGUUCCGAACUCGAUAGCUUUACAGCUGUUGAUAAAAUACAGGCUGAUUUUUUAAAUGUAUUACAACAGAGCUUCAUAAAGUCCGAUUCGGAAUUGAUUUAAAAGUCGUUCAAUACAUUGAAUUAACAGAUCGCUUUGUGCAGAGAACUCUUUAUGACGUAUCAAGUACUUAAGGUGUUCUUAAAUAGCGUUCGACAAUAGUAGAUAGGCAAAACGGAUUCUAAUCCUCGAUUUCUACCUUACCGACAUUCUAAGUUUCCAGAAGAUUCUUGAUGGCCUCAAAUAAUACUGGGAAAUUAUGUGAAAAGAAUUUUUCUUAAACUCCCAGGUUAGUCGUCAUUUCAAUUGAGAAUUUCGCAAUGUAAUUUGAUGAUCAAUAGCUUCUUAGAAACUUAGCACGGACACAAACCACGUGAGCUUUGUAACUGUCUCAAUGUCUGUAAGGUAGGAAUCUAUUAUUAAAACCCGACCUCUGCCUAAUUACUGACCAUUGUUUAAAAGCUUUUUUAAUUUUUGUUUUAUAUCAAAUUAAAUUUUGGAUUUUGUAAAUUUUUAUACACUUUUUGGACUCAAGUCUGAUGAGUCUCUGUUGUUAGAAUCCGUACCCUAUGAAUAUUUCUAUGUUACGUACAGUAUGCCUGAUACUGCCUGUACAUUGUGAUAAAAAAAGGGAAAACUUGUAGAGAGCGUGUGUAAUGCAUCGUUCCAUUCCACUUGUGUGAAAGGUGGAGACAUUCAGGAAAUUGUUUGAAGUCACUCGAGUUGUGCGAGGGAAGGUUUGGAACCUUUCCGACGCGAGAAGACGCGUAAUUUCUUUCUAGAAAUGAAAAGAACAAAAUGCGUGCCAUAUUUUGUGGCGAUCGUGAAAAAAUUUGAAUUCAUGCCAUGUUAUGUUAGUCGACCAGUGAACAUUGUUCUAUCUUUUUAUGUAUGUGUAUAAAGAAAAAAAGCAACUUGCGAGUGUUUAAGGAACGGCAGACUCCUUAGAUACUUCCCUAAUUUUGUAGAAACCUUGUAAAUGUUUGAGGAACAACAAGUUCCGUGCUUUUUUCUAUAAUGUAGUAGCGAUAUCAAAUUUUA